UCAGCGCGAGCUUGCGGUCAGAGAGAGUUGCAAGCGCUAGCGAAAACCGGUCGUCGAGGUCGGCGAGGCAGGAGAAAGAUACGAGUGAUCUAUAAAGGUAAUCGGUGGUGGGAGGUCUUGCAAUUGCUGCGGAAGAGGGGGCUGCCGUGAAGUGAAGAUGGCGACGAUGCAGAGUUUGCGGAAGGCGUACGGAGCCCUUAAGGAUUCCACCACCGUUGGUCUCGCCAAUCUCAACAGCGAUUUCAAGGAGUUGGAUAUUGCCAUCGUCAAGGCCACGAAUCACGUCGAGUGUCCGCCCAAGGAGAGGCACAUCAGAAAGAUCUUGGCGGCUACAGUCAUAUCACGGCCGCGGGCGGACGUGGCAUACUGUAUACGUGCGCUUGCGAGACGGCUAGCUAAGACUCACAAUUGGACGGUAGCUCUGAAGACACUAAUUGUUAUACAUAGGUCUCUAAGGGAGGGCGAUCCAACUUUCCGUGAAGAGCUUCUGAAUUUCUCUUUGAGGACAGGCAUUCUCCAAUUAUCAAACUUCAAGGAUGACUCGAGCCCUAUCGCUUGGGAUUGCUCUGCUUGGGUUCGAACUUAUGCUUUAUUUUUGGAGGAAAGGUUGGAAUGCUUUCGCUUAUUAAAGUAUGACGUUGAAGCUGAACACUUGGAAAAACCUGUUCCAGGGUCAGAAAAGGGUCACAGUAGAACGAGAGGAUUGAAUUCUGAGGAGUUAUUAGAACAGUUGCCUGCACUACAACAAUUACUAUAUCGUCUUAUUGGAUGCCGUCCAGAAGGAGCUGCAUUCAGCAGUCAUGUUAUUCAAUAUGCAUUGGCGUUGGUUCUGAAAGAAAGUUUCAAAAUUUAUUGUGCUAUUAAUGAUGGCAUCAUCAACCUUGUUGAUAAGUUCUUUGAGAUGCCAAGACAUGAAGCUGUUAAAGCCCUUGAGAUCUAUAAAAGGGCUGGUCAGCAGGCUACAAACCUAUCAGAGUUUUAUGAGGUUUGUAGGGGAUUAGAACUUGCGAGGAACUUCCAAUUUCCAAAUUUGAGAGAGCCGCCUCAGUCUUUUCUUGCAACCAUGGAAGAAUAUAUAAGAGAGGCUCCACGGGUAGUUUCUGUUCCCAGUGAGGCUCUGGAAUUUCCGGAGAGACUUCUUUUAACUUACAAAGAGCCAGAGGAUACUCCUGCUGCUGUUGAGGAAGAAAACCCACCUGUUGAAGAUACAAAGAUAGAACCUUCUCACGUGGGAGUUGAAGUUACACCUAGCCCUCUCCAGGAGGCAGAUGAUGGAGAUUUAUUGGGUUUGAAUGAUUUUAAUCCGGGUGCAUCAGCAAUAGAAGAUAGCAAUGCGUUGGCUUUAGCAAUAGUUCCAUCUGAUGCUGCCUCCACUAAUUCUGGUGCAAUUAAUGACAAGCCAUUUGAUCCAUCUGGAUGGGAGCUAGCUCUUGUUACCAGUAGCAAUAACCAUUCAUCUACCGUUGAAAGCCAGCUGGGAGGUGGCUUUGACAGGCUCAUAUUGGAUAGUUUGUAUGACGAUGCCGCAUAUAGACAGCAGCAGCAGCUGCAGCUGCAGCAGCAACCACACCACGGUGUUCCUCCAAAUCCUUUCAUGGCGGCCGAUCCUUUCGCCGUGUCAAACCAAGUAGCCGCCCCUCCAUCUGUGCAGAUGGCAGCCAUGGCUCAACACCAGUCCUUGAUGAUGCAUUCCAACCCGUUUGCACACCCGAUGGCCUUACAACAGCAACCUCCAUUGCUAACGGGUGCUUCCGCAAACCCCUUCGCAGACACGACAGGUUUCGGGUCAUUCCCCGUGAACAACACCCAUUACCAAAACAACCCAUUCGGAACCCAGCUGCUGUGAUGUUUUUGCAUGCAUUAGGCUCCAUGUUUUCUUGUCAUGCUUGGUUUGUGAGUUACUAGGUCAUUUGUUGGAAAAAUUAUUCUGUGCGGACGCACUAGAAUGCGCCAUGUCACUUUUUUGCUCGGUACCGGUGCUCCGUAUUUGGUGACGUGGCGCGUUCUGGUUGGUUUCUGGACCGUCCGGUAUUCACAUAGAAUAAUUUGUCCAGUUGUUGGCCUUCAAUAUGCAGGAAUGUUUACUGAGUUAUAUAGAUUUGAAGUAGGCAUGGAAGAACUUGAUUCUCAUUUUUUAUAUAUGUACAUUUUACAGAGCAAGGCAGCAGGAACCUUGGUAAGUAUAGUUGUAUAGACAUUUUAUUUUAGAGCUUGAAAUGUAAUCGACUUGUUUUUUUUUUUU